GUGUUUCACCCAGACACGUAAGAAAUUGACCGUCAGAGUUCCGCUUUGGUUCCACGACAACACUAAAAAACUUUAUUUUCAAGUUAUCAGGUGAUUUUAUAUCCGAGUAAGGUUAAUUUUGCUCGAGUUUAUGCUGUCUUGAGGUUUCAUUUCUUUCAAUCAAUCGGACGGACAAAAGGAGGCCAACUUCAACACCCAGAAGUUAUGUCUUGUCUUGAAUGGACGCCUUCUCCCCAGCCACCCCAAAAUUCCUUCUCCUGUCUCCAAUAAGUUCUCUGCCAUUCCCUCUCUGCCCUUCAACCAUCACCCUCACAAACUACUCUUCUCUAUAGUGAUGGAGUCCACGCUCUCUUCAGAUGAGCUCUUAAACAAAAAUAUGGAGUUUUCUUCUCAGCCUUUGUCUGAGACAUGCCCUAUUCCCAACACUACUUCUGCUGGCCUGGACUGUAACCCCACAAUAUCCACAGAUUCUUACCAAUCUACCAUCCCUAGGAGAAGAACCUUUGCCUCCGUAGCCCAGCGAGUGAUCAUACAGGAAAGACUUAGAAAAGCAGAAGAGGAAGAUGACACUGAUGAAGAAGAAGAUGAAGAACCAGAGGAAGAUUUAUCGAAGAACCAGAUGGAGGAGAAAGCUGAAGCAGGUGAUGCCAGAGCUCAAACCCGUCUGGGUCAGCACUACUUGAUUCUUGCCGAAGAGGAGGAUAGAGAUCUAAACAAUCGUCUGGCUGUAAAGUGGUUGAUAAAAGCUGCAAAACAGGGAAGAAAGAGUGCAGCAAGAGCCUUGCAGCGCUGUUGGAUCCGUAAAAUAGGAAUCACUGCAGAGAAUCAGGAAGAUGUUCGGAAACUGUCGGCAGAGAGUAAGUUCGAGAGGGCGGUGCGUAAAGCAGCCAUGAUGAUGUACUGGAAUCUUAAUCCAGAGAAGAAGUCUAAAGUGGCCAUGGUUGAGAUGCUGGAAAAUGUCAGCCAGGUCAACAAAGCACUGGGGGAUGCCGCAAAGAAGAUAUCUGGACCCACUUCAGAAGAGACUCAGAAAAUAUUGGAAAACAUGGUCAGCAGUGAGACCAAGCAGCUGGUGGACUUGGAGGACUUUGUUGAGAUGACAAAAAAUUACGCUCAAGGGAUUGUUCCCUCAUCAUCCGAGACAGGAAAGCCCAAUGGCAUGGAGGCUGAGCUGCCCCCUUCAGAAGACAAGAAGAACCAUGGAGGGUCUUGGAGUUUUGGCAGAAGUGGGAUUGUGCUGGACGCAAAGCAGACCGGCGCCAUUCAAAAAGCAAUGGAUAUGAAAUCCCGUUUGAUGAUGCUGCACUAUCCAAUCGAUGCUGUGAUGGAGGUGAAAGAGCACCUGGUGGACUGGGCAUCGCGGGCCGGCCUCCAGUGGCUGAGCACCAUCAUCCCUACGCAACAUGUCAACACGCUCAUCUUCUUCUUCAUCAUCAGUAACCUCACCAUUGACUUGUUUUCCUUUGUCAUCCCGCUGUUGGUCUUCUAUCUCUCCUUCAUCUCCAUGAUCAUUUGCACACUGCGUGUUUUUCAGAGGAGUAAGACCUGGGAGAACUUUCGAACUCUGACGUCUCUCCUGACCCGCUUUGAUUCUGGCCUGGAUAUGGAGCAGGCAGAGAACGACUUUGGCUGGAAUAACCUCGAGCCGUACCUCUACUUUAUAUUCUCCGUCUUCUUCGUCAUAUUCUCCUUCCCUGUUGCUGACAAGGGCUGGAUCCCCUGUUCGGAGCUCUCUACGGUGGCCAUCUUCUUCACGGCCGUCAGCUACCAGAGCCUCAGUCCCGUGGCUGCGACAUAUGCACGACGAGCAAUGCUCAUAGAGGUGGCGUCGUCUCUUUGUGGCCUGACUCAGCUCCUCCCUGAAAACAUGACAAUGCUUGGCAUCUUGGGACGCACCUUUGCAACUCUGCCUCUAGGGGAGUCAAUCGUGCUGAAGCUCAGUCUCCCCUGCUUGCUGUAUGUUUACCUUUUUUACCUGUUCUUCAGUAUGGCCAGAAAGCGUGGCUUUCGGGGGACGUACUGCAUCCUGGUGCCCUACCUCGUGUGUUUCAUGUGGUGUGAAUUCUCAGUGGUGCUCCUCCAGAAUUCCACGGCUGUGGGUAUAAUCCGCACCUGUGUGGCCUAUUUCCUCCUCCUGUUUGCUCUGCCUGUUCUGGCAGUGGGCCUUGCCAUCAUGCUCUUAAUCCAGCUCUUCAAGUGGUUCCUGGAGCUGGAGCUCACCAAGAUGAUCGUUACUUUAGUCGUGUGCGCCAUCCCCGUCAUCCUGCGGCUCUGGACGCGGUUCAGCACGUCAAUUCUGGGUGUUUUCCGCUCAGCGACGCACCGUGGCCCCGUUAAACUCAUCUUACUUUGCAUCUCCUUGGUGAUUCUAUUCUUCUCAAUCUAUGUGUAUCACGCAGAAGGUCAGAAAGUCUACAACUCCACCUUGACGUGGGACCAGUACAGUCAGGUGUGCGGACCUCCUGCCUGGCAAUCCAAAGGUAUGGCCAAGACACAGAUCUUCUGUAGCCACCUGCAGGGACACAGAGUCACCUGGACGGGCCGUUUUAAGCUCGUCACCGUGGCUGAGACGGAGAACGGCGCGCAGUCUGUCAUUAACAUGUUGCCAGUGUUUCUUGGGGACUGGCUGCGAUGCCUCUAUGGUGAGAGAUACCCAAAAUGUGAGUCAAAGAAUGUGACAAACCAGACAGUUUCCAGCUCUGCAGCGGUUCAGGUCUCCUUACCCAUGCUGCUACGAAUGCAAGAAGAGGAAGAGAUGUGUCAGAUCAAGGCUCUGGCGAAACACACCUGUCAUGUCAAGCGAUUUGACAGCUACCGCUUCCAAGUGACCGUAGGGAUGAUCAGGAACGAAAGCACAGAAGCGGACGACCGAGGCAGGGAUAUUGUGCUCAUGGCCAGCCAUGAAUUCCGACAGGUCCUUCUCAAUCUGGAACCUGGUAAUAUGGUGGAGUUCUGCACCAAGCUGGAGGGCCGUCUCGGAGCCAAGGCCCCGGCUUUGGAGUUAAAGGCUAUUAACUGUCUGGACUGUGUUUCCCCACUGCUGCCUGGUGGCCGGCAGGUAAAAAUCGAGAGAGACUGGAGACGUACGACAAUGCGAGCCCUGAAUUUUGCAUUUGAUUUCUUCUUUUCUCCCUUCCUGUCAGUAAAGAUUACUGGCUGAGAACAGACCCCAAAAA